AUGCAUUUUGGAUUGGCAAAAUUUUCAAUUUGUUUUAUUUAUAUUAGUUUAUUAUUUGCCACUUCUGGAUGUGAUGUCGUCUUUGACGCCAAGACAACAGAUCCGAGCAUCAUUGAAGAUGCGACUUUAGAUACUUUCACCUUGAUACGAAAAUAUGGAUUCCCUUGUGAAAUACAUAGAGUUUAUACUGAAGACCAAUACGUGCUGGAGAUGCACAGAGUCCCUCACGGAAAACUCAAUAAUUCCGCUAGCAACCGUCCUGUUGUAUUCCUGCAGCAUGGUUUGUUGUCGUCUUCGGCGGAAUUUGUGCUUAUGUCACCCGAUAAAGGAUUAGCCUAUCUUCUGGCAGAAGCUGGUUACGAUGUAUGGAUGGGAAAUGCCAGAGGCAACACAUACUCGCGAAGACACGCAACAUUGAAACCAACCUCUUCAGCUUUUUGGAACUUCAGCUGGCAUGAGAUCGGCUACUUCGACAUGCCAGCAAUGAUCGAUUAUGUUAUUAAAGAGACUGGGGUUCAGAAAGUUCAGUAUAUCGGCUUUUCCCAAGGUUCAACCGUAUUUUGGGUCAUGACGUCGACUAGGCCUGAAUACAACGACAAGAUAUCAGCGAUGCAUGCUCUCGCUCCUGUGGCAUAUCUGAGUAAUGUCAGAAGUCCCCUAAUUAAAGCAUUGGCAACAUUUACCAAUUCUUUAGAAAUAAUUCUAAAACUGAUAGGUGCCAACGAGAUAUUACCCCACGGUGAAUUAAACAAACUGGCCGGUGAAAAGUUAUGUCUCGAAGAAGCGGAAACACAAGUGUUGUGCAAAAAUCUACUCUUUCUCGUGUGUGGCUUCGAUGCAGAACAACUAAACUCUACAAUGCUUCCCGUUGUACUAGGUCAUACACCUGCUGGAGCUUCAACAAGACAAAUGAUUCAUUUCGGACAGUUAUACAAAUCGAAUCAAUUCGCAAAUUUCAAUCAUGGAUGGUUAAAAAAUCAAAUCAAAUAUGGAACCAUAAGCCCACCACUCUACAAUUUGAGUGCUAUUACGACUCCAAUAUUUCUCCAUUACUCCGAUAAUGACUGGCUCACAACUCCAAAAGACGUUGAUAAACUUUUUACGAAAUUAAAAACAGCAGUCGGAAAAUACAAAGUGCCUUUAAAAAAAUUUAAUCACCUUGAUUUUGUUUUUGCCAAUGAUGCGAAUAAAUUAAUAUAUAAUAGAAUUAUUAAUAUAAUGUCACAUUUUAGAUAA